CGAAGUCGAUCGGGUCACCAAACCCUAGACUCUCUUUCUUGGCCUUCGAUUUGUCGCGCGGUCAUCUUGAUUUCGACGCCUUCUCCUUCGAAUCCGUUGUGCUCCGCCUCUCGGCCGCGCCUCGGGCUCUAAUUCGAUAUCCUCGUCGCCGUUCGUCGCCGGCGUCUCGGCUCUGAUCGCCGGAUAUGUCGUCGCUGAGUCGGGAGCUGGUGUUCCUGAUACUCCAGUUCCUGGAUGAGGAGAAGUUCAAGGAAUCCGUGCACAAGCUUGAGCAGGAAGCGGGGUUUUUCUUUAAUAUGAAAUACUUCGAGGAGAAGGUGCAGGCGGGAGAGUGGGAAGAAGCGGAGAAGUACCUCUCGGGAUACACCAAGGUUGAUGAUAACAGGUAUUCGAUGAAGAUUUUCUUCGAGAUUAGGAAGCAGAAGUAUCUAGAGGCGCUUGACAGGCAUGACAGGGCAAAGGCAGUUGAAACACUCAUAAAGGAUCUCAAGGUUUUCUCAACGUUUAAUGAGGAUUUGUAUAAAGAAAUUACUCAGCUUCUCACCCUUGAAAACUUUAGGGAAAACGAGCAGUUGUCUAAAUAUGGUGAUACUAAGUCUGCUAGAAGUACCAUGCUGGUAGAGCUCAAGAAGUUAAUUGAAGCAAAUCCUCUCUUUCGAGAAAAACUUGUCUUUCCUACACUUAAAGCUUCACGCCUCCGAACUCUGAUUAAUCAAAGCUUGAACUGGCAGCAUCAACUCUGUAAGACUCCAAGGUCAAAUCCUGACAUCAAGACAUUGUUCAUGGACCAUGCUUGCGCCCCUCCAAAUGGAGCUCGUGCUUCACCAGUCUCUGUUCCUGUUGCAGCUGUUCCAAAGGCUGUUGGUACAUAUACACCACUUGGUGCUCAUGGGCCAUUUCCACCCCAGGUUGCUGCAAAUGCUAGUGCUUUAGCUGGUUGGAUGGCUAACGCUGCUGCUUCAUCCUCUGUCCAGUCUGCUGUUGUUGCACCAUCAUCAAUACCUCUUCCACCAAAUCAAGUCCCCAUCUUGAAACGCCCAAGAACUCCUCCGAAUGCUAUUGCCAUGUCAAACUACCAAAAUGCUGAAUCUGAGCAGAUGAUGAAACGUCUACGGUCUGGUGCACAUCCAGUUGACGAGGUUAGCUAUCCUGCACCUCACCCACAAGUUACAUGGUCGCUGGAUGACCUGCCAAGAGUUGUAGCCUGCUCCUUGACAGAGGGAUCCAAUGUGACUAGCAUGGACUUUCAUCCUUUUCAUCAUACAUCACUUCUUGUGGGCUCCAACACUGGUGAAAUCACACUUUGGGAGAUUGGUAUCCAGCAGAAGUUGGUGUCCAAGCCAUUUAGAGUAUGGGAUACGGCUGCUUGUUCACUACAAUUCCAGAGUGCCAUUGUCAAAGACUCUUCUAUAUCUGUCACUCGAGUUAUUUGGAGUCCAGAUGGAAGUUUAAUAGGGGUUGCAUUCUCGAAGCACUUGAUUCAUAUACAUGAAUAUCAAGCACCAAAUGAUCUCCGUCUAUUUGAACUCCGCCAAUUUGAUCUCCGCCAACUUUUAGAGAUUGAUGCUCAUGUUGGUGGAGUCAAUGAUAUUGCAUUCUCUCAACGAGAUGAACGACUGUGUGUGGUCACUUGUGGAGAUGAUAAGCUAAUAAAGGUGUUAACUGUCAAAUCCUGUCUUUUGUUUAAAUUCUCAUAUUUUCACCUUCUUUUAUGGAUAUUUUUGAAAAAACUGCAGGUAUGGGAUCUAAGUGGUCAAAGGCUUUAUGUCUUCGAAGGACAUGAAGCACCUGUCUAUUCUAUAUGCCCCCACCGCAAGGAGAAUAUUCAGUUUAUCUUCUCAACUUCCGUUGAUGGAAAAAUAAAGGCUUGGCUGUAUGACAACGUGGGAUCUAUGGUUGACUUUAAUACCCCUGGGCACUUGUUUACCACAAUGGUUUACAGUGCCGAUGGAAGUCGACUCUUCUCAUGUGGGACUAGCAAAGAUGGGGACUGUAUUCUUGUUGAGUGGAAUGAAAGUGAGGGAUCCAUAAAGAGGCAAUAUUCUGGGUUCCGGAAGAAGUCCACGGUUGUUGUUCAGUUUGACACUUCCCAGAAUCAUUUUUUGGCUGCUGGUGAAGAUAACCAAAUAAAAUUUUGGAGUGUUGACAGCAUUAACAUGCUGGCAAGUACUGACGCUGAUGGUGGACUUCCUAGUCGUCCACAUUUGAGAUUCAACAAGAAAGGAAAUCUUCUUGCUGUUGCAACAGUAGAUAAUGGCUUUAAAAUAUUAGCUAAUGCAGAUGGCCUUGCGGCACUACGAGCCUUUGGAAAUCGCUCUUUUGAACCAUUUAGAGCUCAACAUGAAGCUACUCCUAUCAGGGUCUCAAAUUCUCCUGUGGUGGCAAGCAUCUCACCAAACAUCAGUAAUGUUGAAUCAUUGGACAGAAAUUCUCCUGCGAAACCAUCUACUGUUCUUAAUGGAGGUGAUAUAACUCCUAGAAAUGUAGAUAAGCCAAGAAUAUCAGAAGAAUUGCCAGAUAAGAUGAAGUCAUGGGAGUUGGCCGAAGUUUUUAAUCCACAACAAUGCCGAGUUGCUACCAUGCCAGAGACUGAUUCUGCCAGCAAGGUCACAAGGCUUCUUUAUACAAAUUCUGGUGUUGGCUUAUUAGCUCUGGGGUCCAAUGCUAUUCAGAGGGUGUGGAAAUGGAGUCGCAAUGAGCAGAAUCCAAGUGGCAAGGCCACGGCCAGUGUUGUACCGCAGCAUUGGCAACCAAACAGUGGUCUUCUUAUGACCAAUGAUGUAUCGGAUACAAGUCCAGAAGAGGCAGUUCCUUGUAUUGCGCUCUCAAAGAAUGACUCGUAUGUAAUGUCUGCAUGUGGUGGGAAGGUUUCCUUAUUUAACAUGAUGACAUUCAAGGUAAUGACAACUUUCAUGCCACCCCCACCUGCUUCGACAUUCUUAGCAUUCCACCCACAGGACAACAACAUUAUAGCAAUUGGAAUGGAAGAUUCAACCAUCCACAUAUACAAUGUUAAGGUGGAUGAGGUCCAAACAAAAUUGAAAGGUCACCAGAAGCGCAUAAGUGGGCUGGCAUUUUCCAACAAUCUUAAUAUACUUGUAUCUUCUGGUGCUGAUGCACAGCUCUGCAUAUGGAGUACUGAGACUUGGGAGAAGAAGAAAUCUGUAGCUAUUCAACUGCCUGAAGGGACGAAGUCAGUUGGUGACACCCGAGUCCAGUUUAAUUCUGAUCAAAGCCGCUUGUUAGUUGUCCACGAAACACAGCUAGCUAUAUAUGACACCUUGAAAAUUGAGCGUAUCCAUCAGUGGGUUCCUCAAGAUGCCUUGUCUGCUCCUAUAUCGUAUGCAUCAUAUUCGUGUUUCAGCGAACUUGUUUAUGCUUCCUUUUGUGAUGGUAAUAUUGGUGUCUUCGAUGCUGACAACUUGAGAUUAAGAUGCCGAAUUGCCCCGUCCGCAUACACGUCACCUGCUGCUGCAAGCAGCAACCCAACAUAUCCUCUUGUGAUUGCGGCCCAUCCGCAAGAGCCAAAUCAAUUUGCAGUUGGUUUGACAGACGGAGCAGUAAAAGUAAUAGAGCCAUCAAAGUCCGAAGGAAGGUGGGGGGCUCCCACACCUGUUGAUAAUGGGGUACAUGUUCGCAGGAUGCAGACAUUAUCAACUACAAGCAAUCCUGCUGCGGACCAGCCCCAAAGAUGAUUGCUUCUAUUAUUGGACAAAGAACCCAUACUUGUGUAGCAUCGAUUUUUAGGUUUCAUUUCACUUGUUUCAGUUUUUCUUCUAUAACUAUCAUGUGGUUCCAGAAACGUAACUAUGAAAAGGAAACAAUAAGAAGAAUGUGUUAGUGUAUGAUACUAGUGGAUACUAAUUGGAUGAUUAAGUUCUCAUAAUUAGUAAAAUUCUUACUUGACAUUCUCGUCA